AUGAAGAUCCCCACGAUGGACGAGGCCUUGGAGCACUCCAGAACGGACCGUGAUGAGUUGCCCGAGGAUUGCCCAUUCAGGUAUCAUGAUUCCAAACAAUGGAAACAAAUGAGUAAGGGCGGCGACGACGAGAAGGCCUACUACUUGAAUAUCUGGAAUUCACUUUCCCAACUUCAAAAAGUCGUGCUCUCCCAACACGCCACCGACAUCAUUCGUGCCAGCAAGAAGCGCCAAACCUUCAGCGCCCAGAUCAAGGCCACCCAAACCUACUGCCUGGUCGAAUCUGCCGUCUCGCUCGGAUGGUCUUCAUUCGUCCUUCUCUGUGGCGCUCCAUUUGCGUUGAUCACUAGACCCUUCAAUGUCUUCUACAUGGUUGCCUAUUUCGGAUCCGUCUAUUCGUUCUUGUUUGUGGCCAAUGUGGCCUUCUUGAUCGCACACGUCAUGGGCGUCGGAAAGUUUAUACGCAUGCUUGGUGAUCGACAAGGAGCCGGAUGGAGCCCGAUCAAUUGGCUCAAUAUCAACAUAUUCAACCGCAAGCAAAGGAUUAUCAAGCACGCUCGCGAAGCGUUUUGCAGCGAACUGCCGAGUUUCGAGCCGGCCACGAAAAUCGACGACCUUCACAGUAAACGCCGCAAACUCCAGUUCAACGUUGAUGUUGCCCGAUCGAUCCUGUUGAUGUGUACGAUCGUCUACGAGAGGGAUGUCAGAUUUGUCGAAAAGGCUGCCAGCGGUGCCAUUUCCAGACCAUCACUUGGCGACAGCGACAAUCCUUCGGAACCCAACGAGGGUGUCUUGUACUUGUUGAAGAGCGAAGAGUACAUGUACCGGGCUGGCUACCUUUGGAACUUGAGAUUUGUCUCCAUGGCCGAUUUCCGUAAGCUCACUGGACCAUUUGCUGGAGCCUUCUACGAUUACGAGAAUGUCGGCCCCGAUGAGAAUCCUUUUAUCGUGAUUGUCAUGAAGGGGACUAGUCCAGACAACUUUUCCGAAUGGCUCAUGGACUGCGCUUGCAAGUUCGAGUCCGCCGGCGACUUCCUUGCCACUGGUCUUGCUCACAACGGCUUUUACAACACCUUGUUCCCCUCCAAGACCUCUGAUGCCCACGUUCUUCCUUACAUGCGCAUCGUCGAAACCAUCAAGAUGAUUGCUGGCCAAGCCGCCGAGCACACCCAACAAAAGUAUGGAAGGGCCAAGAAGACCAACUUAUACGUGGGAGGACACUCACUCGGAGCAGGUAUCGCCCAAUUGUUAUAUGCAAGGUUUUUGGAAUCUCCGGAUGACUUGGGAGACCAGGUAGUCUUAAGAGAUGGAUAUGUAUUCGGAACUCCUCGUGCAUGCGACUUCAAACUGGCAUCCCGAGUCGAUUUCAACAUGAACAAGCCGAUGAAUCAAGGUAGACAACUCUGGCGUGUAGCUAACCGGGCCCAAUCCCCCAUUAUUGGUGAUAUCGUCACUCGCGUCCCCCCUGGAUUUGCUGACAAGAGAGAAAUCAGGUGCGGUCUUCAGGAAGGCAGUUACUACGCUUAUGCUGCCAUUGGAACCCGUGUCGACCUAACUCCCAACGCAUUAGGCCCACCGUUCUACAGCAUCGAAGACGCCCCCGUUGGUCACAAUAUCGAAGUCUACAAGAAGGCCGACGAAUCUGAGAACGAGUUUGCUCGCGCGAGAGAGACCUCCAAGUUCAUCAUUCCCCGAGACAUUGUGCAGCUCAGCAUGUGGGUUGUCACGCACGUCGUACCGAUCUUACACGAUCAUUUCCCUGCAAGUUACAUGGAUUCUUUAUAUAAGGUCCAAGCCAAGACCGCCUACGGCAAACUCAAGGGUAACAAAAUCAAGUCCAAGCAGGAUCAACACAGCGCCCAGCAUUUCAAAGGCGGCCAACACCCUACUGCUGCCGCCCCUACCAGCACCACCCCCGGUCGAGACAAGUGA